AUGGGAGCCAAAAAGAUCCUCUUCCUCAAUGGGCCAAACCUCAAUCUCCUCGGCACGCGUGAGCCACACAUUUAUGGCGCAACAACGCUUUCCGAUGUCGAGCAAGCGGCUGUCGCUCAAGCCGCCUCGUCUGGAGCAUCCCUCGCAUUCUUCCAAACCAACCACGAAGGGAUUCUUAUCGACCGAAUACACAAAGCUCAAGAAGAGGACGUGGAUGCGAUUGUCAUCAACCCCGCGGCAUUUACGCAUCAGAGUGUGGCGUUGAGGGACGCUUUGCUAGGCGUGGAUAUACCGUUUGUGGAAAUACAUGUGAGCAAUGUGCACAGGAGGGAGGAAUGGAGGUCCAAGAGCUACUUUAGUGACAAGGCGGAAGCCGUUAUCUGUGGACUGGGUGUUUUUGGAUACAAGGCUGCUAUUGAGUUUUGCUUGGAGCAUAUGAAGACGAAGGAGAAGUGA